UCCAACAAAAACAUUUAUCCCGAAAACAGAAUCAAGAAGUCAAAGUUGUAUAUCUACCAAUCAAUGAUAUGGUAUUUCCAUCUUCUCCAUAUCGAAGGGAUCAAAACAAGUGAAUAAUUGGAAACCCCUCCUUUUAUCUGGCUUAUCAAUAAGAUCGGUGCUUGCAAUUGACCUCCACAUCGAUUUCAACUUGUUGGUUUUACGGUUGUAACGCUCUUAUCUCGGGAAGCAUCGCAAGCCUAAACCGUGGGAAACCGAAGGAGCUUCGAUCAUUUACACAACUAAGCUUGCUCUUUUUUGCUAUUAUCAUGUCGGCGCCAACGACCAAUUUUACACAGCAGGAGAAACAGAGUAAGCCCAAUACUGAUGCCUCACCUUCUACUGGUCAGCAGCAUUCCAAAGGGCAGACCGGUCAGUGGAUCAAUCUCGGGAUAUUCUGCUGAAUUCCCAUCGUCACACAGCUUUGUACAAGCAGACUAAUAUUUAAGUAGGAGGGAAUCACAAAAGAAUCUACCAGGCUUGCAUACCGUGGUAAGCCAUCUUAUCUACAUAUCUGAUCUCAAAAGCUAAUUCAAUUGCAGUCGUCGUCGCAAAGUGAGGUGCGAUCUAGGGAGUGUCGAUAACCCCAGUGAUCCACCAUGCGUACGAUGUCGACGCGAAAGCAAAGAAUGCUACUUUUCAGCUACGAGGAGAAAGAGGAAGGCGGAUGGCAGUAGAGAGAAUAGUGUUGAUAAUGAAUUUGCCGACGAUUAUGUAACGCGCAAUGGUCGAAAGAUGGUUUCUGGUUCUCCUCCCGCAUCCUUCAGACAAACCUCCAUGGGAGCGCCUUCUUCUGCUCGAUCGACGACCGGCGCCUUCCCCGAUAGUGCGCGCAUGGAGCCUGGACCUCCUCUUACCCCAGGUGGUUCUAUUGGAAGAACCCAGCCUCUGCGCAGACCUCAAUCGGACUCGCAGCAACAAGAAGAAAGAAAUGAGAACGUGGAGAACCCGGAGGCGCAAGAAGUUAUGAGACAGGAGGUUUAUGGUCCGCAUGAUGCUUUGGAUCUGCUUUAUAAAGCUGCCACUAAUAGGUAUGUUGAGUCCUUUUUUCUGAAGCAUUUUCCAUUUCAUCUUCGUUUCGCAUAUUACUACAAUUUCUGUAUACAGCUCAACAAAGAGGAAAUGUUUUUGAUAGCUUGCAUCCAGCUAAGAUUUUGGAAAUUUUAACGCCGUGAUAAAGCAAUUAUACUGAUGUUUUCAAUAGCCCAGGUCACAAAAGAGCGCGACUAGAUAGCACUAGCCAAGAAUCUCCCGGGAUUGGACAUAGAGCACAAUCUGCCUCGCAAAGCUAUCAAGGCCCUACGCCUCAAAAUACCUCGUUUCCUAUAAGCCACGUGCGACACACAACCGCGCAUACUGAAGCUUCAAUCGAUCCUACGUUGUCGUCUGGAGGUGCCGCUCCUCUAGAAAGAGACCAUGAUCUGGGAUACCAGGAUGCAAUUAAAGCUUGGUCGAGAUUCAGAUUUGUUCGCGCAGGAUGGUUCACUGCAGUGGAAGCUAUUCAAUAUAUUACGUAGUAAGUUUUACCCUCACUUGUGAUUGAUACAAGGAUUAAUGACUGAAUUAGCUAUUAUGAAUUUUUGUCACCAUUAACACCUAUUUCCCCACCUACCUUCAAAGAACCUUACACCCAUCCUAUGCUUUUAACAGAAGAACCAAUCCUCACAGUAACAUUAUUGACAAUUUCAAGUCGGUACAUGGAGAUAGCCGGGGCCGGAGGACAUUGUAGAUCGUAUGCAAUUCAUGAGCAGCUUUGGACCUACUUGAGAGGCAUGAUUGAGAGAUGUCUUUGGGGUCAAGAGGCAUUCGGGGGUGGAUUUUGCGGUUCUGGGGCGGAGGCUACUCUGACAUCAAGCACUGCACCAUGGAGAGGACUGAGAAAAGGAAGUCUUCGGACCCUUGGUACCAUUGAAAGUCUUAUGAUCUUGACAGAGUGGCAUCCUCGUGCUCUUCACUUCCCUCCCGCUGAAGCAACUGACGAACUUAUGUUACCCAUUCCUAACAAGGAAGAUGCAUAUGCUACCGAUGAUGAAGGCGUACACCGUCUACCUGGUGGGGUUGGCGGGCGAAGAAUUGAAGGCUGGUUGGAACCUGCUUGGCGAAGUGAUCGAAUGUGCUGGAUGUUGUUGAGUACCGCCAUGGGUCUUGGCUACGAACUAGGUGUUUUCGAUGAUAUUGCUGAAUCGUUGGCCGAUGGUGGAGAGAUGACACGACCAGAAUAUAACGAAGAGUCAUAUCGACUAAGAGCGGCGAGAAUUAAACGUCUAUUGCUGAUCUAUGUUACGCAAUUAGCUGGACGUUUAGGUUGGACCAACAUGGUUCCUGAAAAUCUACGAAAAACAGAUCCUGCAUUUGCUCCGCGGAAACGCAGACAAUCAGUCGAUGGUAAAACCCCAGAGACCAACACGACCGCAGCUACGAAUUUUAAUUAUAUCCCCGACUUAGAACUGGAUGAUCAAAUUAUUCAUUGUUGGGCCGGAAUCAGUAACGCUAUGCGCAUUGGGAACGAGAGAAUCUUUAGAUCUAGGCAAUACACGACCAGAAUUAUCCAGGACGGUAGCUACACGGAUCUAUUGAAAGAUUUUCAACCAAUGUUAAGUUCAUGGAAACGCGAAUUUGACAGAUUUGGACUACCUCCAUUCAUUCGACAUAUUCUGACUAUAGAGUACGAGUAUGUUAGAAUAUACAUAAAUUCUCUCUCUUUACAGGCUGUUGUCGAAAGAUGUACGAGCAAUGCAACCAAUCGAACAAACACUGCCAAUGAUCUGGGUUUACCAGUAGGAAGUGCCAUGUCCCCGGAGACUCAGAAUUACUUUGGAAAGUUACCUCUGGCAAGACUUGGCGGGUUUGGGGCUACAGACCAGGGAUAUGUGAGAGAGGUUGUUGAAGGAUGUCGCAACCUUUUACGUACCGUCGUAGAGGGGCUUCUACCAAACGACUACCUGAAGCAUGCUCCUGUUCGCACAUAUUUCAGAAUUAUAAGUGGUGCCAUGUUUUUGUUGAAGACAUUUGCAUUAGGAGCAUCUAAACAUGACGUUGAGAUCAGUAUCAGCCUUAUGGAUUCUGCUGUUGACGCGCUUCGUACAUGCGUAGUCGAUGAUGUCCAUCUCGGCAUCCGCUUUGCGGACUUAUUGCAAACAUUGACCAAGCGACUUCGCAGUCGAUUCAUCAGCGCCCCUGAAGUACCUUCCCUCUCAGGAGAACCAGCGAGUAGAAAUCGUACUCCGGCGCCACCCCAGGAUUUAGAUCCGAAGAGACUGAGACGGGACCCAGCUGACCCAGUCCGAGAUUGGAAUGAUGGCUUGCCAAAUUACCAUUCCUCAAAUGGUCAAGGUAAGUGAAAAUUAUCAACCACCCAUAAAAUUCUUCUCUAACCCUGCAAUUUCCACAGAUCUGAACCUCUCCGCCACGCCAUACGACCUCAAUCAAGGUGACUUUUACGCCGGCCCACACUACCCAGCUACCACAGGCGCCUCAUCCUUCAAUGGUGACUCCAUAAAUUCAAUUUUCGGGUUCUCAGGUAGUAACAAUGAUUGGGGUAAUAAUAACAGUAACGAUGAAAUGUGGUAUUUACCUCCAGGAUCUGCCUUUUAUCAAGAUCUCAAUAGUCAGGUAAAUAUUACGCAGACGGCGGAUGGAGUUAAUGUAGGUGGUAUGGAUUUGUUGGAUUACAUGGCGCUUGACAGUGCAUUUCCGGGAGAUGCACAGGGAGGAUUGCAUUGAUUUGAUUGGUUAAUUGAUCUGAUUAAUUGCUUGAAAUGGUGCGAAUGAUGAUGAUUUAAAUGCCCAGGUUAUUUUGUAGAUGGGUAACAACCAUAACCAGGUUAUGUUAUCGGGAGAAAAUUGGGCGGCAAGAGUUCUUUCAGGGCGAUAGUAACAUGAAUGAAUGAAUGAAUGAAUGGAUAGAUACCAAGGAGUGUUAGUUAGGGUUGUUGACAGGGUUUUGGCUGGGGUAUGGACAAUGGGUACUGAAUGGUGUUUAUUUAUGUGGGAGAAAUAUCUUGAUUUUUGGAAUGGGAAAUGCCACAACAACGAAAGCAGAUGACGGUGUCAGGUUUUACACUUUGGAUUUAUGAUGGGGUCAUAUGAAUAUGAAAUAUCCCUCUAUUAGGAUGGGGAGAUAGGUUUCAACAGCUAGCUCAUUUGAACAUUU